CAGCAGUCGAGUCCAAAUUUACGCGGUAAUUUCCCUCCCCCGCUCGAUCUCCAUCUCGCCCCUUCCCCGCCAAAACCCUAACCAGCACCGCCGAGAGACCCUCGAUCUCGCCGGCGUCAAUGACGUCUUCUAUAGCUCCGGCGACGCCUUGGUGGAGGUAUAGCAGGCGACGCCGAUCGGCGAGGAAGUGGAGAAGGGCAGCUAGCUGAAAACUUCUACCGGUUAUCAUGCCCAUUCGUUGAAGAUAUCGUUCGACAAGAAGUUAUGAAGAAGAUGAGCCUGACCUUUGUCACAGUACCUGCAACCCUCAGGCUCUUCUUUCAUGAUUGCUUCGUUGAGGGUUGUGAUGCGUCUGUGUUGAUCACAUCACCUAAUGGGGAUGCAGAGAAGAAUUCUGAGCAGAACUUGUCUCUAGCUGGAGAUGGCUUUGACACGGUCAUCAAGGCGAAGCAAGCAGUUGAGGCUUUGUGUCCAGGUGUGGUCUCUUGUGCUGAUGUUCUCGCCCUUGCCGCUAGAGAUGUUGUAGCCCUUUCAGGCGGUCCGUCUUUCUCUGUCGAGCUAGGCCGCCGUGAUGGCCUGAUAUCUCAAUCCAGCCGCGUCCCCGGUAACCUCCCGUCCCCAGACUUCAGCCUGAACGUCUUGGCCUGGAGCUUCCGCAAGAACAACCUCGCGCUGUCCGGGGCCCACACCGUCGGCUUCUCCCACUGCCACCAUUUCUCCAACCGCCUUUACUCCUCCUCCCCUCCUUUGCCUCUACUUGACCCGACAUACGCUGAGGAGCUCAAGAAAGCGUGCCCGCGGGAUGUUGACCCGACAAUUGCCGUCAACAUGGACGCGUCGACCGCCACCACAUUCGACAACGGGUACUACCAGAAUCUCGUGGAGGGUAAGGGGAUGUUCAUAUCCGAUCAGGUGUUAUUUGCCGAACCAUCGUCAAGGCCAACGGUGGUGGAGUUUUCAGAGCGGCCGGAGGCGUUCUCGGCGGCGUUUGCCGCGGCGAUGGUGAGGCUAGGAAGGGUGGGUGUGAAGACUGGAGAGCAAGGAGAGAUUAGAAGAGAUUGUUCAGCAUUCAAUUGAGAAAAUGGUGAAAUGUAAAACCAUUAUGUAAGUCGCACUCUAGUGACAAAUAUAUGUAAUAAGGAAAAUAAAUGAUACUCUCAAAUACAUGACUUGUACUCUGUUGCAACACAUAGCUUGGUGAAUA